AUGAUUAAUUUUUGUGUUCCUGGAACACGAUUGUGUUUGGCUGGUGACACUCAUAUACCUGGAACAGGAACAUAUGAGCGAAAAGGAUACAUAUACUCAAGCUUGGCAGGCAUUGUUAAAAUAACUGAAAAAGAAAAGGUGUUUGUCGUUGAAGUGCAAACAGACAAGGGGCAAAAUAUAGUUCCGAAUCCUGGUGAUGUUGUGACUGCAGAGGUUUCAGUUAUUACCCAGCGGUAUGCGAGAUGUGCUAUCAAAUGUAUACGUGACACACCAUUAGAAAAACCUUUGAGGGCUUUGAUAAAUAGAGAAGAGGUUCAGGCAACUAACAAAGACCAAAUAGAAAUUCAUAAAAGUUUUCGACCUGGAGAUAUAAUAUUAGCCAGAGUUUUACCCAUAAAGGAGCUCCAAUCCUAUCAGCUUACUACUGCUGAAAACGAGCUGGGGGUAGCUAUUGCUUAUAGUGAUGCAGAUGCUCAGAUGGUCCCUAUCAGCUGGACUGAAAUGCAGUGUCCUGUCACGUAUAAUAAAGAAUAUAGGAAGGUAGCUAGAGUUUUACCUGAAAGUGACAAAGUAGAUAAAGAGAAAUGA